AUGAGCCAUAAAUUUUCUAGAUUUUAAGAUGAGGAAGAUGCAGAUUUUGAGUCUGGUUAAGAAUUAGAUGAUAGCUAAACUAAAUAAAUCAAGCUAUCUGAUGAAACAACUAACGACUUAGAUAGCUCAGACUAUCAAUUUAGAUUUGAUAAUGAAAAAGAGAAAGCUUAAAUUCAAAAUUUUUAGGAAAAGCAAACAAGCGGCAAUGAAGAUUAGAAUAGCUCUGAAGGAUAGUAAAGUGACAGAGAAAGUGAUGGACUGGAAUCUACAAGUAAUGGAAGCAAUGCUAAAACAAAAUAGAAUAAAGAUCUUACUGUAAGUAAAUUAUUGGUUGUUGCGUUGAGCAAAUUAGAACUACCAAUCAAAUAUCUCCUGGCAUAUUAGAUAUCAUUAUUAAUGUUAAAAAUAAGUAGAGUUAUUCUUGUUUUAGGUCUUCUUUUUAAGCUUUUGUUUGAAAUGAGUUGCUAAAAAUCAAGUAUUCACACGCUAUUAAUUUUUGCCUUCUUAAGAGAUGUGAUAAGUGGGAUAUUAGAUCUUCAAUUUAUAUUCAAAAUAUAUGAAAUUCGCUAUAAAAUUAAUAAGCAGCAUUAUGAUGAUUAAGUGAAAUCUGUUGGGAAAGAUAUAAUUAAGUCUAAAAGGGAAGCUCUUUAGUCUUCGUAGCAAUUUUUUGGCAGAUUUACACAGAUUGAAGCAAUUACUCAAAUUUAAUAAGCUCCUUCAUACGAAAUGUUUGAAUUAGAAACAGCAAUUGGAAAUCUUAUGCCUUAUGUUGCUUAUUUUAUGAAGAUACUAAAAUAUUCCUAUUACUUCUUGUUCUUAAUAAGUGUUAUAUUUAUAAUUCGCUAUGACGAUGAGCAAUUUUGCCAUGUGUUUGAAAAAUAUACAAUUAUAUAUCUCUUCUUGCCAAUUUACUUCCUAUUUUUGGUGAUAUUCCUCUGUCUCACCUUUUUGGGAUUCUUCUUGACAAUCAUAUUAGCUCUUCUUUUAAUUUUUUUAGGAAAGUAUGUUCAUGGAAAGUAUAAAUAAUAAAAAUAAUAACAAAUAAACGAAUUUCGUGCUAAAAAUUUAAGUUCUGUAUCUUACAGUAGCAUUUAAAAUUAAAUUUCUAAUAACCAAUGUGCUGUCUGUCUUAAUAACUACUAAGAGAAUGAUAAAAUAACAGUAUUAAAAUGUUCUCCAUAGCAUCAUUUCCACCAUUCUUGCUUACAAAAAUGGGUUGCCUUGAAGGGUUAGUGUCCUUCUUGUCGCAGCAAUUAAAUAGUAUGA